GGAGAUCAGACAUUAUGAACUACAGACCUUAGAAUUACCCUGGAAUGAAGCUUCCUCACUGAUAUUUUACAUUCUGACUGAUUCACUUCAGCUUUAUUUACUUUUCUGUGCAUAAUUCUCUUUUAUAUCAAACUCUGAUCAACCUGAAUGUGAUUUCUCUUUAGUUCUGCUCUCACUGAUGAGCUGCAGAACAAACCAGGUGAAGCUGAACCUGAGUCCCAACAGAUCUCAGUUUUUUAGAGGAGAUUCUGUGACUCUGAGCUGUGAGGAUGAAGACAGAUCUGCUGGAUGGACUCUGAGGAGAAACACCACCAGAAGAACCAGAACUCAGUGUGAAGAUGGAUGGGGAGAACAAUCUGGUUCCAGCUGUACCAUGACCUACAUGGUUCCACAGGACAGUGGAGUUUACUGGUGUGAGUCCAUGGAGGCAGCAGCCAGUCAGAGCAUCAACCUCACUGUUUCUGGUGGAUCAGUGAUCCUGCAGAGUCCUGUCCUCCCUGUGAUGGAGGGAGAUCCCCUCACUCUGAGCUGUCAAUCAAAGCAGGACUCCCCCCUCCCAGCUGCUUUCUAUAAAGAUGGCUCCCUCAUCAGGACUGAGCCCGGAGGUCACAUGACCAUCCUCCAUGUUUCCAGGUCUGAUGAAGGCCUCUACAGGUGUAGCAUCAGCAGUCACAGAGAGUCUCCAUCCAGCUGGAUCUCUGUCACAGGGAAACCAACCACCACCUCUACUCCUACAUCCACCUCUACUCCUACAUCCACCUCUACUCAAGGUUCUCCUGGUUCUACUCCUGGUUCUUCUCUUUCACUGGUCCUGUCUGUUGCAUGUGCUGUUGUUGUGGUUCUAUUGGUUCUGCUGGUUCUACUGGUUCUACUGGUGAGACGUCGUGUUCUCAGGAGACCUAAAGCUGAUGGAGGAGAAGCUGGAGGAGAUGACAUCACAUACAGUGACAUCAGAGUAUUACAUCAUCAACAGCAGCCAAUCAGACGGAGCAGAGAGAGCGAUCCAGCUGCAGUCUACUCGGCAGUGAAAGGAAGAGAAGACGUCACUUAUGGACAGAUGGUCUUCAAAGACGGUGGAGGCCGAUCAAAGAGCAGAGACAGAGAUCCAGCUGCAGUUUACUCAGCAGUGAGAACAGAAGAAACCAGCUAUGGACAAAUAGUCAUCAGACCAAACAGGAGCAGAGAGUUUCCACUGGAGCCUCAGGUCAUCUACUCAUCACUGAAGUAGUCCACCAGUCCAACCAGUGAGCUGCUGGCCUCUAACUGGUCCACACAGCCAGUCACAACACAGUACAUUCACUUUUUAUGGAGAUUUUUAAAUGUUCUCACUCAAUGAGAUUCAUACAAAAGAGUGAAGAAACUGCAGAAACUAAAAGACUAAAACCAGAACAUCUUAAAUGUCUCCUGUUGAACAGAAUGUAAUGGUAACUAGUCGUUCUGUGUUCUGUUAUUUAUAUCUUAUUUAUGCAGCAGCGAUCAGGUUUCUCUGCAGGAUCAAUAGUUUGCUUGCUGUUCUUCUCAUGUGGUUGUGUAGGUUUCAGAGAUGUUGGAUGGAAAAUUUGACUGGUUCUGGUUGGUUGUGGCUAAAUGAUGUGCACGUCUGUUCAGUGUAGAUAGCAAAGAACACACCUACAGAAACCACAAGUGCAGACUAUAAACAGCAUCACUUUGAAGCUGAAAACUCUUUACAGAAGUGUUUUUUCUUCAUGUGUUUGAAGAGUUUUGAUUGUUUAGUUGAUGAUACAUCUCCUUGUUUAGUUCAGAAGCUGUUCAAACUGAGAACGCUCCCAUCCAGAGAAGCCGUAAAUGAGCUUCUUAUCAUGUAUAAAAUAUCCAGAAUAGAAUAAAACAACACUGUGAAGUUUGAUGUUUGUGGUUUUGUUGUGAGGUCUGUUGAGCUCAUUAUCAGGACGUCUGCUUCAGUUAGCCUGAGAACAUUCAGAGACAUCAGCAUCUCAGCAUUCACACAUUUAUUCCAGUUCAUUUACUGUGAUCCUCACAGACAAGUAGAAAAGAGCAUCAUCUGCAUAGAAUGAAACAGUGAAUUACAAAGUCAG